AUGGGAGCCGAGAUUGCCGUAACUGGCAAGGGACCAAGACAAUACGAGAUCGUUGGAACGCAGACCACUGACACUUUUCUAAACUACGUGCCAGUAGAUGGUCAGAUGGAAUAUGAACGUCCUGUUAAAUUUAAAUAUUCCAGCGACAGCAGCGAGGACGAUUCGUCUGCCGCUCCAAGUGACAGUAGUGAAGAGGGAUCAGCAGACGAUUCAGCCGACAGCAGGAAACGCAGAGAUGCUUCAAGCGAAAGCAGCGAAGACGAUUCUUCUGACGAUUCAGCCGACAGCAGGAAACGCAGAGAAGCUUCAAGCGAAAGCAGCGAAGACGAUUCUUCUGACGAUUCAGCCGACAGCAGGAAACGCAGAGAUGAUUCAGCCGACAGCAGGAAACGCAGAGAAGCUUCAAGCGAAAGCAGCGAAGACGAUUCAUCUAACGCUUCAAGCGAAAGCAGCGAAGACGAUUCUUCUGACGAUUCAGCCGACAGCAGGAAACGCAGAGAAGUUUCUAGUGAAAGCAGCGAAGACGGUUCAGAUGACGAUAAUGCUAUCAACUAUUUUGCUUUUAAGUUUAUUGUGUCGCCUGCAGAGCUGGUGGUCACUUUGUCCGUCGUCACGCGUCGGCGGCGUCCGUACGAAAGUUUUCCGGACUUUUUUUCGAAGAAGUACGAUGAAGACGAAGAAGAGGAUGAAGAAACAACUGAAGAAGAGAAGAGAAGUUGA